CACAAGCAAUAAUAAAUCCGGAAAGAAACACUUGGCCCAACCCCGGAACAAACAAAGCCGGCGAGGUCGUCUGUCCUUUCCCCUCAGUCUUCUUCCUCCUGAGCCUUGUUGCUACUAAUCUUGCUUGCGCAGUUCGAUCCAUCAUCCAUGGAGCAGAGCCAGAUGGCCAGAGUGAAGCUUGGCACGCAGGGCCUCGAGGUGUCCAAGAUCGGGUUCGGAUGCAUGGGCCUCACCGGCGUGUACAACGAUCCGGUGCCGGAGGAUGCUGGCGUCGCCGUCAUACGGCGCGCCUUCGACGCCGGCGUCACCUUCUUCGACACCGCCGAUGCGUAUGGGCCACACACCAACGAGGUCCUGCUCGGAAAGGCACUAAGGCAAGUGCCUCGUGAAAGGGUUCAAGUGGCCACCAAGUGUGGCAUCGCAGGAUUCGACGCCGGUGGCCUGUGUGUGAAGGGCACUCCAGAAUAUGUGCGUGCGAGCUGCGAAGCAAGCCUUGUGCGCCUCGGUGUGGACUACAUCGAUCUAUAUUUCCAGCAUCGCAUUGACCAGUCAGUGCCUAUAGAGGAAACCAUGGGGGAACUGAAGAAGUUGGUUGAAGAAGGGAAAGUCAAGUAUGUUGGCUUGUCUGAGGCUAGUGCCGAUACCAUUAGACGGGCACAUGCAGUUCAUCCGAUCACCGCAGUGCAGAUGGAGUGGUCACUAUGGACCAGGGAUAUAGAGGAAGAUAUUAUCCCACUAUGCAGGGAGCUUGGCAUCGGAGUUGUUCCAUACAGCCCACUUGGUCGCGGUUUCUUUGCUGGCAGGGCAGCCGUAGAGAGCUUACCAUCAGGGAGUUUACUGUCCAAACAUCCUCGGUAUACUGGAGAAAACCUGGAGAAGAAUAAAGUUCUGUAUACACGACUCGAAAUAUUGUCCACCAAGUAUGGCUGCACACCUGCUCAACUUGCUCUUGCCUGGGUUCUUCAUCAAGGGGAUGAUGUCGUUCCAAUCCCUGGAACAACAAAACUGAAGAACUUCGAUGAUAACAUCGAGGCUGUAAAGGUAAAGCUGAGCAAGGAAGACCUGAAAGAAAUCUCAGCCGCUGUCCCUGCCGGCGAGGUGGCUGGGUCCAGGAUCAUUGGAAUCCUGGAGCCUUAUUCUUGGAGGGUUGCAAACACUCCACCUCAAAAGUAGCCAUUUUGCAUCUUCACUCGGAAAUCAAAGAACAUCUCACCGCGUUAUGCUGAAUUUGCUUCCACCUUGCUGGAUACGUACAUUCAAGGGGGGAAAUGUGAAAGAAUCGAGCUCGUCCAUACUGAAGAAUAGGGAAACAUUGUUCCUGAAACAACAGAUGCCAUUGAUUUUCUGUUGGAUGUAUCAAUUGCUACACAUGAUAAAGAUAAAAGGUGUCGAAUUCAAGUUAAA